UACUUCUAGUAACAACAACAGACAUCACAAUGAAGAGCUUUUUGGUACUCUUUGGAUUUGUAGUUUUGGCAUCAGCUCAAUUCGAAACUGGCCCAGUAAAACCCUGGACGGGCCCGUUAGCUGACCACAUCAACGGUCAGUUAGUACAGGAUACUCCUGAAGUGGCAGCAGCCAAAGCACAACACAUUAACGCCCACAAACAAGUCGAAGCAGUCCUUCCAGUCCUCCCGCCAGAAAUCCGCUACCAGAUGACUGGAGUUUUACAGCCAAUCCAACACCAAAUCCCCCAAGCCGUCCCCCAAGCUAUCCCCCAAGCCAUCCCACAAGCCAUCCCACAAGCCAUUCCGUUCCCACCCGUCCAUGUCAAACCCUUGCCGGGUCCGGUUAUCGAGGAACGAUCCCUCUUCGCCGAAGAAAUUCCGCUCAGCGAACUCGGAGAAGUUCCAGAAGUAGCUGCCGCCAGGAAGGCGCAUCUGGAAGCAGUGUCCCGUGUGCAGGCCAUCCUUCCCCCCUUGGAUACGACGUCAGAGCAUAAUGUCGUGCCUCAAGUACCCGUUCAUCAUCACAUUCCUGCUCAGGUUAACGGACAGUUCCUUCAAGACACUCCUGAGGUUCAAGCCGCCAAAGCUGAACACGCCAGACUUGCAGCUUUAGGUUAAGUUAUUUUUUUUUUUU